AUAUACCAUUUAUGGAGGUAUUUUACUGAGAUUACCGAGUUCCAUGACGAUGACGAUGCAUAAUUACACAAAGCCGUGCAUCAGCAUCUGGUUGUUAUUGAGUAUUGAUAUAAUGACGAUUGUGUCCUAAGGAAACUAGGAAAUAUUAUAUUUAAGUUUUCGCUGCCUUCGGUCUUACCUACUUGACGACCGUUUAGCGACAACAGAAUCUGAACGGCUGAGAGAUGAGUUCGGAAUCGGAACCGUCGUCGAAUUUGAUAAUUCCUCAGAGAUCUGAUUGCAUGUACACAGCAUGCUUCUGCGAAGAAAAUAUUUGGCAACUAGCAAAACUGAUACUGGAAACAAACAAAUCCAAUCCAAACGUGAAAUGUUACGUUAUUUUUGUCUCCAACUAUACUAAAUGCGUACACUUGUGGAAUCAAAACAGUAGCCAUAAUGAAGGACUUAUGUUUUGGGAUUACCAUGUGUUUUUGAUCGUUCAGCAUCUUGAUGACACUUUGGUUUUUGACAUGGACACUAGAUUGCAAUUCCCUGUUCCUUUUCAACAAUACGCUAAGGAAUCUAUUAGAGAGGAAUUUAAGGAAUCUCAUUCCAAGCGCUAUUUUAAAGUCGUUGAUGGUGAUGUAUAUGUGUCAAAAUUUUCAUCGGACAGAAACCACAUGGUAGACAUUGAUGGUGGUUGGAUGUCACCACCACCUCCAUAUCCUCCAAUUUUAAAUGAAGAAAAAGUUCACAAUUUGGAUAAUUUUAUAUCAAUGGAUCCUUCAAACGAAUUUGGACCUGUACUGAAUCUUGAGGAAUUUAAAGCUAGAUUUUCUUAAUUAUGCUUAUUACAUAAUGUGCCGUUUAACUUUUAAUUGACAAAUCUCAUUUUAUUCAUAUUAAGUAUUAUACUAUUUUACCAUAAUUGGAUAUUACUUUCAAGUUUAAUUGAAAGUUUGCUUUAUUCUAUUCUAUUUAUAUUUUAAGUUAUUAACAAAAACAAAAUAGCUUAUUUUUAGGCUAAUUUUAAAAUUUGAAUCAAGGUUUUUAUUUGUUUAAAUUGAAGUUUGAGUUAACAAUAUACAUGAUACUAAAUUA